GAGCGCGAAUUAUCUGCACAAGUUAGCUGGUUGUAUUCACUGCUAUAACAAUGGCCUCCAAAAUUAAAGGUAAAAUGUCCUGAAAUGCUAAAAAGUCCAAAUUAUAUAAUUAAGCCCGUAAAUUUAUCAUAAGUGCACAUAGGGAUUUAGCGAUUCCAUCCACCUAAUCUAUUCCUGUAUGUUUUUGUUUCAGAACUACCAACAAAAAGGGAUUAAUUAAAGAGGUAAAUCAAUGCCUUCCAAAAAUAACAUAGCCCAUCACGGAAAGUAUUCACAAAAUAGUAUUUCAAAUCGCGAAUCACCAGUAAUAUUAAAACACAUAACACGUUAUAUUUUGGGUGAUGCCUAUGAAAGAUUAGAGGAGAUUUGAAAGGCCAUCGACCAUUACAAAAUUUUUAUUAAUUUGCACUGAAACUGCUAAUUAGUUAGGGAUGAUAAGAAGCAAUAGAAAUUUGGGUGAUACUUAUCAUACUUUAGGAGAAUAUCACAAGGCCAUUGACUAUUACAAAACAGGUCUAGAAAUUAGCAUUGCUAUUGGCGAUCAGUCGGGAAUAGCAAGCAGCAAUGCCAAUUUGGGCAAUGCCUAUCAUAGUUUAGGAGAAUAUCAGCAGGCCAUAGACUUUCACAAAAAAGAUCUAGAAAUAAGCACUACUAUUGGCGAUUGUUCAGGAAUAGCAAGAAGCAAUUGCAAUUUGGGCAAUGCCUGUCAUAGUUUAGGAGAAUAUCAGAAGGCCUUUGACUAUCACAAAAAAGAUCUAGACAUAAGCACUGCUAUUGGCGAUCGGUCAGGAAUAGCAAGAAGCAAUGGCAAUUUGGGCAAUGCCUAUCAUAGUUUAGGAGAAUGUCAGAAGGCCAUUGACUAUUACAAUGCAGGUCUAGAAAUUAGCAUUGCUAUUGGCGAUCGGUCAGCAUUAGCAAAAAGCAAUUGCAAUUUGGGCAAUGCCUAUCAUAGUUUAGGAGAAUAUCAGCAGGCCAUAGACUUUCACAAAAAAGAUCUAGAAAUAAGCAGUACUAUUGGCGAUCGGUCAGGAAUAGCAAAAAGCAAUUGCAAUUUGGGCAAUGCCUACCAUAAUUUAGGAGAAUAUGAGCAGGCCAUUGACUAUCACAAAAAAUAUCUAGAAAUAAGCACUGCUAUUGGCGAUCGGUCAGGAAUAGCAAAAAGCAAUCGGAAUUUGGGCAAUGCCUAUGAUGGUUUAGGAGAAUAUCAGAUGGCCAUUGACUAUCACAAAAAGGAUCUAGAAAUAAGCACUGCUAUUGGCGAUCGGUCAGAAAUAGCAAAAAGCAAUGGCAAUUUGGGCAAUGCCUAUGAUAGUUUAGGAGAAUAUCAGAAGGCCAUUUACUAUCACAAAAAAGAUUUAGAAAUAAGCACUGCUAUUGGCGAUCGAUCAGGAAUCGCAAGAAGCUAUUGCAGUAUGGGCAUUGCCUAUGAUAGUUUAGGAGAAUAUCAGAAGGCCUUUGACUGCCACAAAAAAGAUUUAGAAAUAAGCACAGCUAUUGGCGAUCGGUCAGAAAUAGCAAAAAGCAAUUGCAAUUUGGGCAAUGCCUAUGAUAGUUUGGGAGAAUAUCAGAAGGGCAUUGACUGUCACAAAAAAGAUCUAGAAAUAAGCACUGCUAUUGGCGAUUGGUCAGGAAUAGCAAGAAGCAAUUGCAAUUUGGGCAAUGCCUAUUAUAAGUUAGGAGAAUAUCAGAAGGCCUUUGACUAUUACAAAAAAGAUCUAGAAAUAAGCACUGCUAUUGGGGAUCGGUCUGGAAUAGCAAAAAGCAACUGCAAUUUGGGCAAUGUCUAUGAUAGUUUUGGAGAAUAUCAGAAGGCCAUUGACUAUCACAAAAAAGAUCUAGAAAUAAGCACUGUUAUUGGCGAUCGAUCAGGAAUCGCAAGAAGCUAUUGCAGUAUGGGCAUUGCCUAUGAUAGUUUAGGUGAAUAUCAGAAGGCCAUUGGCUAUCACAAAAAAGUUCUAGAAAUAAGCACUGCUAUUGGCGAUCGAUCAGGAAUAGCAAGAAGCAAUGGCAAUUUGGGCAAUGCCUAUCAUAGUUUAGGAGAAUAUCAGCAAGCCAUUGACUAUCACAAAAAAGAUCUAGAAAUCAGCACUGAUAUUGACGAUCGUUCAGGAAUAGCAAAAGGCAAUUGCAACUUGGGCAAUGCCUAUCAUGGUUUAGGAGAAUAUCAGAAGGCUGCUGACUACCACAAGAAACAUCUAGAAAUAAGCACUGCUAUUGGCGAUCGAUCAGAAAUAGCAAGAAGCAAUGGCAAUUUGGGCAAUGCCUAUCACAGUUUAGGAGAAUAUCAGAAGGCCAUUGAUUAUCACAACAAAAAUCUAGAAAUAAGCACUGCUUUUGGCUAUCUGUUAGGAAUAGGAAAAAGCAAUUGCAACUUGGGCAAUGCCUAUGAUAGUUUAGGAGAAUAUCUGAAGGCCAUUGACUAUUACAAAAAACAUCUAGAAAUAAGCACUGUUAUUGGCGAUCGAUCAGAAAUAGCAACAAGCAAUGGCAAUUUGGGCAAUGCCUAUCAUAGUUUAGGAGAAUACCAGAAGGCCAUUGACUAUCACGUAAAACAUCUAGAAGUAAGCACUGCUAUUGGCGAUCGAUCAGGAAUAGCAAGAAGCAAUGGCAAUUUGGGCAAUGUCUAUCAUAGUUUGGGAGAAUAUGAGAAGGCCAUUGACUAUCACAUAAAAGAUCUAGAAAUAAGCACUGCUAUUGGCGAUCGAUCAGGGCUAGCAAGAAGCAAUGGCAAUUUGGGCAUCGCUUAUUAUAGGUUAGGAGAAUAUCAGAAGGCUAUUGGCUAUCACAAAAAAGAUCUGGAAAUAAGCACUGCUAUUUGCGAUCGGUCAGGAAUGGCAAAAAGCAAUGGCAAUUUGGGCAUUGCCUAUGAUAGGUUGGGAGAAUACCACAAGGCCAUUGACUAUCACAAGAAACAUCUAGAAAUAAGCACUGCUAUUGGCGAUCGAUCAGGAAUAGCCGUAAGCAAUUGCAAUUUGGGCAAUGCCUAUGAUAAUUUAGGAGAAUAUCAGAAGGGCAUUCACUAUUACAAAAAAGAUCUAGAAAUAAGCACUGCUAUUGGCGAUCGGGCAGGAAUAGCAAUUUGCCUCGGCAAUUUAGGAAAUUCCCAUCGAUGUCUAGGAGAGUAUAAAGAUGCAGCAUCUCUACUAAUAAAAUCAAUUAGUUUUCUUGAUAAAAUUUUUUUAGAUUUAGUGCCAGAACAAAAUCAACUGGCAUUCGUUAAGCAAUAUUUCAUAUCUCAUACAAUUUUAAUGAGUUGUUUCCUUUCGUUGGAGCGCGCUGACUCCGCAUUAUUAGUGAUUGACCUUGGUAGGUCUAAAGAGCUGCAUUGCUGUAUUGAAAAACGUAGGAAUUCUGUUGGUAAGGACUUGUUCGAUUAUGCCCGUUCGAUAUGGAGUAGAAUUGAGGCCAAAGAAGAACAAAUAGAAAUAGAAGGCUUGCAAGCACUUCUCCAACUACGAAGAAAUGACACCACCGUUUUAGUAUUCGCUUUUGAUUUAGAAGGUGUUCUUAAUGCUUGGGUUUUAACUGACAAGGUUAUCUUCAGAAAAGUUUUACACGCACGUCGGGAAACAUUUCUUCUGCUAAUUAUCGAGCUUCUUGGAAGGGUAGAUGUUAAUAUUGAUCGAAAUUCUUCCUUUUACAUGCUCGAUUCAGUUGCUAAUACUAAUAAUCAAGUAAUGUCUCCUUUUGAGUUCCCAUGCGGAACGCCUGCCUCUAAAAAUGCGGUUGGCAAUCCUGCCAGCUAUUGUCAUUUUUCUGAUCGAAACAUUUUGGAAAUGUUGUUUAAACGUUUAGUUGAUCCUGUAAAAGAUAUUGUUAAAGGCGAUAAGCUCAUUAUUGUUCCUGACACGCUGUUGUUUUUUGCACCAUUUUCGGCACUGAUUGAUGAAAAUGGCUCGCAUAUAUGUAACAGUUACAGUGUUCAAAUUUCGCCUUCAUUGCAUACGCUAAAGUGUACGAUGGAACAAUCCUUCGACUCAAACUUUGGAUUUGCAUUGUUUGUUGGUAAUCCAAUUGUUGGAAAAGUUAGUUUAAACGGAAAAGAUGUUACACCGGCUGCUCUGCUAAAUGCCGCUGAAGAAGUUAAAUGUCUCUCAAAGCUUUUUCAAGCAAGACCUUUAUUAGGACGCGAGGCAACAAAACAUGUAGUAUUACAGCUUCUAACUGGAGCUAGUAUAAUCCAUAUAGCUGCCCAUGGAGAACCGACUCGAGGUGAAAUAAUGCUUGCUUCAAAUUCUUCUCUUACUGAACAGUGCUCGCCCGUUCCUAAGCCAGAAUCAUACCUACUCACGCAGCGGGAUAUUGUUAAUAUUUCUUUGCAUGCUCGCUUGGUAGUUUUAUGUUGUUGCCAUACCGGGCAAGGGGAAAUUACUUCAGAAGGUGUCAUAGGUAUAACUCGAGCGUUUCUUGCAGCUGGGGCACGCUGUGUUCUUGCCACGCUGUGGCCUAUUAGCGAUUAUGCCACAAAAGAAUUCAUGGAGAAAUUUUAUGGUGAACUUUGCCAAGAAACACCUGUUUGUGAAGCUUUACGAAGAACAAUGAACUUCUUUCAGACACAUGAAAAAGAGGGAUACCGAUCCAGUUGGAUCUGGGCUCCGUUUACCAUCUAUGGGGAGGAUGUGAAGUUUGGAAAAGAUGAGAUUGAAAAAAUUAGGGACAAAUCGCAUGAGUUUUUUUCCGGUUUCGUUGUGGUAUGACUAUGAUCCUAUUGUUUGUAACUAGCGUAUUCAUCUUCAGCAGGUAUCACCCGAGUGCGAAUAAUUUGAACGCCGUCGACCUUUACCUUAGUCUCAUUCGUAAUCAUAGCAUGACUUAAAAUUGUAUUACCAUGCGGUAGUAUGGAAUAUUUUAGGCUGAGCAUUCUGUUAUUAUAUGUUGCUACUUGCAGCUUCGACUGUUCAGAAUGGCUAAUUAAUUAAUGUAGCUAGAUAUAUUAAUUGUUAUUUUGAUAUUUGUUUUGGAGAAAAUAUAAUUGACUUUUUUCAGGAAAACGGUUGGUUUGAUUCAGUUACGUUGCUGUUGAUCAAAUGUUUUAGCUUAUAUCGUGCUUGACGACAAUGGACAGAAAAAUAUUCUGUAAUAGAAAUGUCAAAAUUAUUACCGGCUUUGUUUGACAGGAAAGUAGUAGAGUUUUGCUUCUGUUAAUGGAAGAGGGCUUUAAUGACAUUAAAGUUGCCAAGUUGCUGUAGUUCGUACGUGCUUUCGCGGAAAAUUGAGAGGAAAAUAUUUGAUUUUGGAAGGUGUUGUACAGAAUUGUUUGUGCGUUGCCAAGCACAGGGAGCAGAGGAGUCGAGUUUAUCUACUAAAAGAAGACGAACACCGUCUUACCUGGUUAAUUGUAGUAUAUUUCAUUGUAGAAUUCCACUAUGGCAUUAAAAAUGCAUAUUUAUUCAUCAAACUUAUCGAAUACAAACCAAACUAUUUACCAAAAUAUAAAUUUCAAUAUUAUUAUACUCCGCUGCCUUGAAUUACCGUCGACUCGUAUUUUCCGAAAAGCUAACGAACACUGGCCGAGAGAGCAACGAAUAAGAAACGAAGAAAGGUAGGAAACAUUGCAGAUCUUUCGUCGCAUGUGCACUGCAACACCCUUAUGAUGGAAGUGAAUAAAACCGGAAGACGCAUUGGCCAUUGACCAAUGACGAAGUAGAAUUUCAUUUGACAGUUGUACGUGUAAUUAGUAUUCGAAAAAUUUAAAUCAAUCAUGCAUCUACACGAAGCAAUACGUCACUUCCGUCAUAGGGUGUUGCAGUGCACAUCGUACGAAAAUAAUCGAUGAAUAUUGGGCGUCAAAUAUGUGGGUUAAACAACCGUUUAGUUGAAUUCUUAUUAUUUAAAUUUUCUAGCGUAGUAAGAAUAGAUAAUUCCUUGAUUGUAUACAAAAUAUAUAUAUAUAUA